AUGCCUGCAGCCACGGAAAGCGCCUCUCACGCCUCAGCAGCAGGCGAUUCGUUGCUUGUUGUCGUGAAUCCUCCACGUGGUGAGUCACCACGUGCGACAGGUACAUCCGUUGCGUCUGCAGCGGGUACCUCGGGUCGUAAUCAAGACGAGUCUGAGAUAGAUCUCAUCUAUUCUGGCGAGUCGGAUGACGCAUCCGACUCGAAGGCGACUCCUCACGCCACUGGAUCACCCGGGCGCGGACACUGCAAGAGCCAGGCUGACUGGCUCUGGUCAGCGCGGCGGUUUCAUGUCCGAGAUCUUCGGAUCGAGUGA